AUGGGUGACAAGGAGGAAGAAAAUAAAUUAGUCGAGCAGACAGAAGAAAAAAUUACCUGGCCUUAUAUGACAAUAAAGUCAUUUUCAACUUCUUUGAUUUUAAAAGUAGCUGCCGUUGGAGCUAUUUGGGGAUGGGGCUACAUGAACUGGAGUAUUGGAUGGCUGCUUCCUCCAGUGAUACUCUCUGUAUGGAAAGUUGAAAAUAGCAGAAGCGCAGAGCUUAAGAGACUUACGGCGCAAGCUGCCGUUAUGGCCAGAGAAAAAGAUAUUAUUAUAAGCAGACUCGAUGAAUUACCAUCCUGGGUUUAUUUUCCUGAUUUCGACAGAGUUGAAUGGCUAAAUAAAAUCUUAUAUAAAGUCUGGCCGGGUAUGAAUCAUUUGGUUCGAGAUAUUGUUAAAGAAAAAAUACAACCGGCUAUUGUUCAAUCCUUAUCAGAAUAUAAAAUGACGGGAUUUCAAUUUGGUCGAUUAGUUCUAGGCAGAAUUCCACCCAAAGUUUAUGGAAUUAAAGUAUACGAAACAAACACUUCAAGAAAUGAGAUUGUUUUAGAUUGCGAUAUUUUAUAUGCUGGAGAUUGUGACAUAUCUUUUUCAUUGGGUAAUAUCAAAGGAGGAAUAAGAGAUUUCCAAUUACGUGGAAUGGCUCGUGUUAUUUUGAAGCCAAUGCUAAAUGUUAUUCCUCUAGUAGGAGGAUUUCAAUUGUUCUUUUUGAACAAUCCAUCGAUUGAUUUCAAUUUAGUGGGAAUUGCGGAUGUUCUCGAUUUUCCUGGAUUCAACCAAGCAUUGCGAAAAGUAAUAAAGGAACAGGUUUCCGCAAUUGCAGUGUUGCCGAAUAAAAUAAUCGUGCCAUUGAGCGAAGACGUACCCGCUGAAGUUUUAAAAAUGCCAGAACCGGAGGGAGUAUUGAGGAUUCAUGUUGUUCAAGCGAAGCAUUUGAUGAAAAAGGACAUUGGAAUGUUGGGCAAAGGGAAAUCCGAUCCUUACGCUGUUAUCAAUAUUGGCGCCCAGGAAUUUAGGACGAAAACAAUCGAUAACACCGUAGAUCCUAAGUGGGACUACUGGUGUGAGGCAAUCAUCAAUACACGAAGCUCAGGACUAGAAGUUGCUAUAAGUCUUUGGGAUUGGGAUCCAAAUUUUCCUGGGGUUGAAACUGACGAUUUACUUGGAAGAGCCAGCAUCGAGGUCAGCAAAGUCAAGAAGAGGGGCACAAUCGAUAAUUGGUUUACACUCGAGUUUGCUAAACAUGGAAUGGUACAUCUCCGAUUGACCUGGUUGAAUCUUUCGAAAAAUGUUGCUGACUUACAGGCUGCGUUGAUGGAAACUCAGCAGCUACGUGUAACGUCAAUGAGUACUGCGAUUUUGACAUUAUUCGUCGACUCAGCUAAAAAUUUACCUUGCCUCCGGGGUAGUAAACAGCCUGAUGUUUACUUGGAAGCAAGUGUUGGUAAUAAAACAGAGAGAACUGCUACGAUGUUGCGGUCUUGUGACCCGAUUUGGGAGCAAGGGUUCACCUUUUUAGUCGGAAAUCCAGAAACAAGCAGUUUGAAUAUUAGAAUUGUAGAUGACAAAACAGGAUCAGUAGUAGGAACACUAACGUACAGUAUCUCAAUUUUAAUGACCAAAUUAAAUCUCGAAGACAUGCAGCAUCCUUAUGAUCUCCAGAACGCUGACCCUGAAAGUAAAGUGAUAAUGUCGAUGUCUUUACACCUUUUAAAAUAUGAAACACCGGAGAUAAAUAUCGACGAGGAAGAAGACGAAGAGGAUUUCAGUCAGUUGCAGAAAAAAAUCGAGCGUCAAGAAUCUAAUAUCAGUUUUUCUCAAAGCAGCAGUGUUUCAAGUUCCGCUGCAAUCCCACCUGUAGCCGAAGUUGAAAAAAAUAUUGAUAGUGAAAUGAUAAUUCUAUCGGAGUCUGUGAAUAGCAGUUCAACCCACCCUCAAUUAAUUCAACGUCAUUUUAGUAUAACAUCGUCUGCUGGAGACUGGAAACUCGGUAGAAUUCAGCUGACACUUCGUUACAGUGUCCCCCGACAAAAAUUAGUGGUUGUAGUUCAUAAAGUUGCCAACUUACCUUUGCCUUUGAAUGACCCGUCAAAUAUUCCUGACCCGUAUGUAAAACUUUACUUGCUCCCAGAUCGGCAUAAGGAAACAAAACGCAAGACAGCUGUUCUCAAGGACAAUUGCAACCCAAUUUACGACGAACAAUUUGAAUAUGUUGUAUCUCAAGGUGACUUGAAUGAACGAAUUCUUGAAAUUUCAGUGUGUACGCAAAAAGCGUGGCUGUCUUCUAGCAACAAUAUUAUGGGUCAAGUUCGUAUAAAUUUAUCGGAAAUCGAUGUCACCCAAGCAUUUACAAAUUGGUAUGAUUUGAUGCCAGACAUAAAAAAAGAGUAA